CAUGUAAGGGGUGUGUGUGUGUAACGGGUCUUUGCGGGCCAGCCAGUUCAGCCCAGACCGGCAUCGGACCUCCGCGGUCCUAGAGCCUCCCGCGUUGCCAAGGAACUCUGGAGCCGGAUGUGACGUUGCGGCGGAGGAAGAAGGGAGAGGCGGAGCGUGGCGUGGUGACGUCCUCCCAAGAUGGCGGAGAGAGAGUGAAGAAACAGUGUCCCCGGUUGGGUUGCUAUAGAACAAGGGUAAAUUCCAUUCUGAUAUCAAAAUGCAGUAUUCACAUCACUGUGAGCACCUUUUAGAGAGACUGAACAAACAACGGGAAGCAGGUUUUCUUUGUGACUGCACCAUAGUGAUUGGGGAAUUCCAGUUUAAAGCUCAUAGGAAUGUGCUUGCUUCAUUUAGUGAGUAUUUUGGUGCCAUCUACAGAAGCACUUCUGAGAACAAUGUCUUUCUUGAUCAGAGUCAGGUGAAGGCAGAUGGAUUUAAGAAACUGUUGGAGUUUAUAUACACAGGAACUUUAAACCUUGACAGUUGGAAUGUUAAAGAAAUUCAUCAGGCUGCUGACUAUCUCAAAGUGGAAGAGGUGGUCACUAAAUGUAAAAUAAAGAUGGAAGAUUUUGCUUUUAUUGCUAAUCCCUCUUCUACAGAGAUAUCUAGUAUUACUGGAAACAUUGAAUUGAAUCAACAGACUUGUCUUCUUACUUUACGAGAUUAUAACAGUCGGGAUAAAUCAGAAGUGUCUGCAAAUUUAGUUCAGGCAAAUCCUAAACAAGGGGCUUUAGCAAAGAAGCCGUCUCAAACUAAAAAGAAGAAGAAGGCCUUCAACUCCCAGAAAACAGGGCCGAAUAAAACAGUGCAAUAUCCCAGCGACAUUUUAGAGAAUGCAUCUGUGGAAUUAUUCCUAGAUGCAAAUAAAUUGUCCACACCUGUAAUAGAACAGGUUGCACAGAGAAAUGAUCAUUCAGAACUCGAGCUGACAUCAGUCGUGGAAAAUACUUUUCCAGCACAAGAUAUUGUGCAGACUGUUACAGUGAAACGGAAACGUGGAAAAUCACAGCCAAAUUGUGCUCUGAAAGAACACUCUAUGUCUAAUAUAGCCAGUGUCAAGAACUCUUAUGAGCUGGAGAGCUCUGGGGAAGAGCUGGAUCAGAGGUAUUCCAAGGCCAAGCCAAUGUGUAACACAUGUGGGAAAGUGUUUUCAGAAGCCAGCAGCUUAAGAAGGCACAUGAGAAUACAUAAAGGAGUCAAACCUUAUGUUUGCCACUUGUGUGGAAAGGCAUUUACCCAGUGUAAUCAGCUGAAAACCCAUGUAAGAACUCAUACAGGUGAGAAGCCAUACAAAUGUGAAUUGUGUGAUAAAGGAUUUGCUCAGAAAUGUCAGCUAGUCUUCCAUAGUCGAAUGCAUCAUGGUGAGGAAAAACCCUAUAAAUGUGAUGUAUGCAAUUUACAGUUUGCAACUUCUAGCAAUCUCAAGAUUCAUGCAAGGAAGCAUAGUGGAGAGAAGCCAUAUGUCUGUGAUAGAUGUGGACAGAGAUUUGCCCAAGCCAGCACACUGACCUAUCAUGUUCGUAGGCAUACUGGAGAAAAGCCUUACGUGUGUGAUACUUGUGGGAAAGCAUUUGCUGUCUCUAGUUCUCUUAUCACUCAUUCUCGAAAACAUACAGGUGAAAAACCAUACAUAUGUGGUAUUUGUGGGAAAAGUUUUAUUUCCUCAGGAGAGCUCAACAAACACUUUCGAUCCCAUACAGGAGAAAGACCGUUUAUCUGCGAAUUAUGUGGAAAUUCUUACACGGAUAUUAAAAAUUUAAAGAAGCACAAAACAAAAGUUCAUUCUGGGACAGAUAAAAUUCUAGAUUCUAGUAUAGAGGAUCAUCCCUUAAGUGAACAAGAUUCCAUACAAAAAAGCCCUUUGUCAGAAACUUUGGAUGUGAAGCCUUCUGAUAUGACUUUGCCACUAGCCCUUCCACUUGGGACUGAGGACCACCACAUGCUUCUGCCUGUCACAGAUAAUCAGUCUCCCACAUCAGAUACAUUGUUGAGGUCAACUGUGAAUGGGUAUUCAGAACCACAAUUGAUUUUUUUACAACAAUUAUACUGACUUUGUGAGAGGAAUAUGGAAUCGCUAAGACAUCUCUGGUAGUUAACAAGCACCUCUAGUAAGGUGCAUAUAUAUUCAUCGUAAAUUACCAUUCAUUUGAGUUGUGGCCGUUUUUCCUUCACUGAAGUAAAGGCACCUGAUGCUGCGCCAUACCUGCAAUGCCUUUUUGAGUUUUGGCUUUUAUGUCUAGAUUAUACAUGCAGCUUUUUAAGAAAUUAAUUGUACUACAGUAGCACUAUUUGGGGUGGUUAAGUUUCAUUUUCUUUUAGAGCUGCCUAAGUUCCAUUUUUAUUUUGCGUUUUAGAAUUGUCUUUCAUUUAUUGAAGUGGAAUCUGUCAGUUUAUAUGAUUCAGUUUUGACCUGUGGCAUUUAAAUUUUUCUUCCCUCAACAUUUAAGCAAAAUCAAUGAUGGUGUCAGCCCAAGAGUGUUGCUGUUACUAAGCUCCAUAGGCCAAUACAUAAACUAUGAGGGAAAAAAUAAAAUUUCAUUAUUUCUGCCUAAGGAAAUUUAGGUACUGCAUAAGAAUUAUGCUAUUUCUCUAUUAAUAUAUUCCAUUGGAGGUAACUUUUCUAAUGAAACAAAAAGAAAAGCUGAAAAAAUUGUACAUAAAUUUUUGUUCAUUUUAGAACUCAGUCUUCUGGAGAAAACCAGUGGUCAGUAUUUUUUAUUUGAGUUACCUGAGACUACAUUAUCAAAAUAAAUUUAAAUAGCUAUUUGGUAUUUUUACCUUGUUACAGGACAGGUUCAAAAUUUGAUUCAGGUUAUGUUUUAAUAGGUUUCUAGAUUACUGAAGAUGAGGAAAAUAUACUGAGUUUUUAAAAAUGUUAAUAAGCCUCUUUUAUACCUGUUAUGCACUUUUUAAAAUAUUAAAUUCUAAAAAGAAUUUUCUAAAUAUAAACUUAAUGCAUACUAUAAAUUCUUGGCUUCUGAUUGAUACAUUAUAUUACAUAGAUUUAAGAAAUUAACUUCAAUUUAAGUAAACAUUUGAGUUACCAGAAAGCCAGUUUAUUAAACAUUUUAUAUUUGAGUGCUCUAUAAGUUUUGAGUUUUAAAAUUUUAUAACAAACCACAACAUUUGGUGGUUGUUUGUAACUUCACAGUAGCCCUUUUCCUAACUAAUGAACGUAGAAAAUUCAGUAUUCUGAUAUUUGCUACCACUCUUCCCCGUCCUACUUUUCCCACAUACUGAUUUAUUUUACUGCCUGAUCUUUGGACAUUAAAUUAUCAGUUUCACAGUCAAUUCCUAUACUGCUGAUCAAACACCAUGGUGACAUUAUAUUUUAUUUCUGCCAUGCAUUAGUUGUGGCUUGUUUUUGGUUUUAAACUACACCUUUAAUAAAGUUAAUGUAUUUUCUAUUGGUAUUGAUUUCUUUAAUUGUAUUUUCUCUGGGGUCCUGGUUAUAGGAACCAACUAGAGGACAUAAUAAAACUACUUCAUUCUUGUGAACUGUAGAAAUUGUCACCUUUUCACAGCACACUCAGCAUUUUUAUAAUAAAUUGCCACCAGUGGGAUUGACUUAAUUGAACAGUUUGAAAUACUGCCUUAUAUUUCCAUCAAACAGUAUUUAAUUAUUUAUCUUAGAAAUCUCGUUAUGCAUGUGUAUUAACUUAUUGUACUGGGCUUAAAUCCAAUUGAUAGAGUUAUAAAAUGUUCAACUAGUCUAUUCUGGCUUAAAUUCAAUAGGGAUUUAUUGAAAUGUGAAGAUUUUAAAGAAAAUUAAAAGAUUCAGCCUCUUUAAGAAGUCUGCUGAAAUGGAGAGGUUGUUUAAUUCACAUCUUCAUUAAUCCAAGCAUCUAAUGAACAAAAUUUCUUUUUAAAAACACUACAGUGAUGUCAUAAUUCUAUGAGGGCAUUAGUUACCAAAUUUCCUUUAAUAUGGUAAUUAGUAUUUUUGCCUUUGCAUAGAUUAGCCUUCAAAUUUUUUAUUUUUAGUAUUAUUGGAUUGGAGUGGUUAUAGUUGAUUUACUGUGCUUUUUUUUUUUUUUUUUUUAAUCACACCUGCUUCUUAAAUAAAUUUAUUUUAAAUUGGGAUGGCUUGAUGCUUUUCUAGAAUGACAGGUAAAGAAAGAUUGAAGACAAUAUCCUGUCUUGUCGUUCUUCUCAUAAUGCCAUCCUGUUCUUUAUCAUAACAUAUAUAUUUUUUAGUUGUAUCUGCUAUCAUUCUAACACUCAAUUAUCAUUUUAGUUGCACUCAAUUUUAAAUAUAAUGCAGUGUCUGAGAAAGGUCUGUUCUUAUUUAAGUAUUACUAAGUUUUUUUUAAAGUGUUUAGGAUGCUGAAGAUCUUACUAGAAAAAUUAUUUUCUGAAUUUUGUUUUAUAUUUGUAUUAGAUUUUUCCUACUGUAUUGUUAGAGAUUAGACUUUUUAAGAGAAACCAUAGGUUAUAUAUCAAUGAUUUUUUGCUGUUUUAAAUGGCACAUGUCUUAUGUUUAAUUUCAUAGGAGGAUUUUGUUAGAGAACUUUUAAAAAUUGUUUUUUUUCUAAAAAGUUUAUCAGUUAUAUUGCUACAAUAGUUUAUAAUUUUUCUGUAUGUAUUCUACAGAAAUUGUGCAAAUGAGUAGUUGAAACAUACUCAUAUAAAGACAAUAUAUGUGUA